AAUCACUAAAGGUUUUUCAUAAUCCGGAAGUAAACGUUACAAGAUGGAGAAAAGUGUCGAGACUUUGGAGGCUAUGUUCCAGAAAACAGAGUCGGAUCUUGACUACCUGUCAAGAAAACUCGACUUUGAGUUCGACAAUUCCAGUAAUGCAGAGGCAAACCCUGUCCGCUUAAUGCAGAAGGUGUCGGAGAUCAGGAAGGAGUAUGGCAACAUUGUCCAGGAAGCAGUGGCCAUACAGGAGACACAGAAGGAGGCAAUGGACUACUUUCGGUCUCAGUUGCUGUCAGCCUGUCAGAUGCUCCAGAAACUGCAGACAGAAACUGAAUCAGAGUCAGAAAGUGUAGAGAAGCCGGCAGCGCUGUGUCAACUGGAGCAGCUUCUCGGUGUCGACACAAGCGCCAUCACUCCGAAUGCUUCAGCUGUUGCUGCAGACGCACCGCAUCAACAGGACCAAGGAGGGGGAGAUAACUCUUCCACUACUCAAGUUGCAGAGGCCAUUAGUGAAGCCCCAGAGACGGAGGCCCAAGUGUCUCCACAUGCUCGGAGGGAGGGUUGUACAGAGAUGAUGGACGUUUCACAGGCGGAGUUUGAGUCUGUGUCAGCACUGGUUAGAGGCAGAGUGAAGCUGGUUGAUGUCAAUACAACAUACAGUGUGCUGUGGAGACACUUCAAGGAUGAAGGCAACAGCGAGCCUCUGAGUGGGCCAGACAUGCACAAGAUGGGGCUCCGCGUCACCGGCGCAACGGGGGAAGCCAAGUUGAAGGUUCUCCGAGCUCUGAAGUUACUCAACAUGACAAGAAAAGGGGAAGUAACUCUAGUCUGACACGUCUGCAGGAACUGCCCGAUAUUACCACUGCCAGUACUGUCCUGUAUCUGGAGGGGAUGCAAAUGGGUCCUUCUAUUUCAUUGUGACCUCAUUACUGAAAUAUUUUCUUUAGGGUUUUAGCUGGUUUAAGUUUCAGCAAUUCCUGAAUUAUUCAUCGUACUGGUUGAAAUUCUGAACAGAUCAGUUUGUUGGUAUCCGACUGACAUAUUUUAAUCAGAUUCAUCAGAGAAAUUUCCAAUGAUGCUUUUUGUCAUGUAGUCAGUGUUGUGAUUUACACAAAAUGCACAAAUGUUUACACUGGUGACUGAAUGAAACAGGCACCAAGUUCUUUUCCCUGGACCAAACAUUACUUGUUAUGGGGAUAUUUGUUUAUUUGUGGGUCGCAAGCUACUGAAUUAUUGUUUUGGUCAUAUGCCC